AUCCAAGAGAGAGGCGCAAGCACGCAAGUUGAUUUUCAGACAUCAGCAACGCUGUUUAUGCUGGCUUGCCCUUCCACUUGCUCUGAGUUCGGUCUCUUCUGCUUCAGCACCACCCUCCCCUCAUCAACUGCGAAUUUGCGGUGAUUCUCGGGCUAUCGUGAUCCGCCGACGUCAUGGGGAGCGAUGUUCAGUUCGAUCCGUCUGAAUACGGCGGGGCUGACGCUAUAGAAAAGAAACCUCGCAAUCGGAUUCGCUUUUCGUGCACUAUUUGUCGAGAAAAGAAGCUCAAAUGUGACAGAGCACUACCGUGCGAUCAGUGCCUGAAGAGAUCUAUUCAGGACUCCUGCGAAUACGUCCCCUAUCUCUUCCCCAAAUCAUCCACCAGGUUAAGCCGUGCCUCAUCAAGAGUCCGCUCCACACCUGACGUGGCUUCUCUGCAGCACAGACUGCAUCACUUAGAACAACUUGUCCAAGUUUUGAAGACGCAACCGCGGGAUGAUAUUGGGCUAAGGGAGAUUGGGAAGCUGGAGUGGAGCGUGGCGGCCGCUGCCUCCCCCGAAGCAAAAGUCUCGAGUCUAGGAGACCAUUUUGAGUAUCCAUUGGGAAUUACGAUUGAGCCAGAUACACUCAAUAAUACUGGACAAAGCAGGAUGCAAGAUGCACCUGGUUGGGAGGCUUUACUCGACGAAAUAGUGAACCUGACCCACAGCUUGAGAAUAACCGGUCAACCUCACGACGACACUAAUGUCAACGAGUCACAGCUGCCCGAGACAAGGGGCCCAAUGCUUCUCUUAGGAGCCUUUGCACCUACAACAAUGACCGAACUUCUCCAAGCACUGCCUUCGAAGGCUGUCGUCGACCGACUGGUAGCCGCAUUCUUCCAGGAUAAAAAUGAGCCGGGUCGGGUCAUCUUGCAUGUGCCCAGUUUUCUGCGACAUUACGACAAUUUCUGGCGAGACCUCUCCCAAUCACCCAUCAUCUUUAUGUGUUUGAUCUUUGGUACCAUAGCACAUGUAGCUCUGGUGUGUCACUUCGCCAAGAAACCAGUUCCAGGAAUCGCGGGAGAUCCCAUGGAAGUGGUGCAUAGCUUUCUCACCAGAAUGGCCCAAUGCCUUGCCGUCGAUGAUUAUACCAAACCAGGCAAAUGGAAGCUCGAGGCUCUUAUCUUGUAUUUCGGUGGCGAGUAUCUGCGUCUGACCGACGCGCAGGUCGGCACAUCGGUGCUUUUGUCCACCAUUGUCAAGCUGGCUAUGCACUCGGGCUACCAUCGCGACCCAAAGCACAACAAGAAAAUAUCAGCUUUCGAAGGCGAAAUGCGUAGACGACUGUGGAGAAUUCUUCUUGACGUGGAUGCUGUGACGGCUUUCCAGUUCGGCAUUCCCUUGCACAUUGCUCCAGGGUCCUAUGACACAGAGCCCCCGCGGAACUUGCACGACGAGGAUUUCGAUGAAACGACUUCCGAACUGCCGCCACCCAGACCACUCACCGAGCUGACCAGAGUUCUCCCCAGCAUUCUGAAGGAGAAGGUGGAAUCCGUAUUCGUUGAGAUCCAAGCCACCAUCUACUCGACAAACCCGGUUCGCUAUGAGCGAAUCAUGGAACUGGACAGCAAACUAAAAAAAUCCUGGCAGUCUAUACCACCUGUUAUGCGCAUGCGAGACUUCGUGCAAUCUAUUGCGGACCCGCUCGAUCUUGUUCUGCAGCGUUACCAAAGAGAGAUUCUUUACCAGAAGUGUCGCUCCGUGUUGCACAGAAGAUACUUAAACCUGGGACGCUCUGACCACCGGUUUUCAUACUCACGUUGGACUUGUCUUGAUGCAGCAGCCAAGACUAUGCGUCAUCAGUAUGACAUUCACUUCGAGAGCCAGCCAUUUGGUCGACUAGCAAGCAACAACUGGCUCCAAAACUCUCUGUUGACUCACGACUUCCUACUUGCCGCCAUGAUUUUAUGUCUGGAGCUCUCGUAUCUUCUGCGCUCAGAAUCUGUUACACAAGGAAGGUGCUUGACGGACCCGAACUUCACUAAGGAUCAGCUUCUCGAAAUACUACGCACGUCGAGAAAGAUCUGGGAACAACAGCGCAAGGAGUCCUCAGAAGCGCAGAGAGCGUACCAAACCAUUUCCAGGAUGAUCGCUGUGGCCACUGGGAUGGAAAAUGGGGACAGUCCAGAGUCCAGUGGCAGCAGUGAGCCGUCCGAACUACCACAACCAGCGGCCUUCCCAUCCCCUCAAACCUAUGGUUACCCUUUUGAUGAUUUCAAUGCAAUGCGAGAUUCACAGGCACCGGUCCAUCCGUCUUCGUCUUCCGUUCCGGCAAGCGCAUGGGGCCCAAUAAUUUCUCAAGCCCAGUCGGAUCCCUGGGCAUUACAAGUACCGGCAACGGAUCUUACAAACUUGGAUUCCAUUAAUUGGUCUAUGUGGGACAACCAGAUUCGGGGCAUUGGGUCAGAAAUGCCCCAGAUACCAUGGAACACUUUCUUUCAACAACAUGGGCAAUGAUUAUAAUUCAUGUUGCCUCUGGUCAGUUGGUGGGCUGCUUGGCUGUAACAGUGACCGACAUCGGAACCAUUUUCCAAUGAGACGGAUAAUGAGCAUUGGCUCUCCUGACAUUUAACAUCAUAAGCCGAUCUUGCAAGGUAGCUUCCAAGCUUGUCUAGCGACCCAUCCGAUGGCGUGGGACUCUAGUGGCUAUGAUGGCCAUUGCGUACCCGGCCCUUCGGCUGUUAUUGGGCAAUGAGGUGAUGCCCCUGAUAACGGGCCGGCAUGAUUCAGCCCUACAUGGAUUUUCUAGAGCUCUGAAUUGCUGCCAGA